AUGUCGAGUGAUGAUAAAAACAAACCUAGUGAACCUAAGAAUGAGCCCAAGCAAUGUGAUCCCAGGUGUGAACAAAGGUGUGAGACUAAAUGCCAGCCCAGCUGUUUAAAGAAGCUGCUGCAACGGUGCUCUGAAAAGUGCCCACGGGAAAAGUGCCCAGCACCACCAAAGUGUCCCCUGUGUCCCCCAUGUCCCCCACUGUGCCCUCCACCAUGCCCAUGCCCAGCUCCCUCCCCUCCGAAGCCAUGUGCCAAGUCCUGUCCUCCUAAAUGCCCACCACCCUGCCCACCCCCAGAGUGA